AUGUGGGUCAAAUUUCUCUCUAUCGCUGUUGCAUUUUUUGCUGUUCUUGAAGCAAGUUUCCAGACAUGGCUUCCUUCCCGAUUCGUGUUCGACCCUAAGCUUUUGCAAUCUUUGGCUCAAGAGACUUUGGCAGCCCACCCAGAUGGAAAUGCCACAGCCAUUAUGAUUGACUUAACUCCUAAGCUUCAAGCAGCCUACCCAGGCCUCAUCAACGAUCUCAAUUGGGAUGACUGGAUGUUCAACAAUGCUGGAGGAGCCAUGGGAACGAUGUUCAUUUUGCACGCUUCGAUUUCCGAGUACUUGAUCUUUUUCGGAACUGCAGUGGGAACCGAGGGCCACACCGGAGUCCACUAUGCUGAUGAUUACUUCACCAUUUUGACCGGAAUGCAAAGUGCCUCUUUACCAAACGCUGUUCUUCCAGAAGAAUACCGUCCUGGCGACCAACAUCAUUUGCAAAGAGGCUAUGUUAAGCAGUACUCUUUCGACCGUGGUGGAUUUGCACUUGAGUUGGCUCAAGGCUGGAUUCCCGUUAUGUUGCCAUUCGGAUUCGUGCUGUUUGCGUCGCUGACUUUGGACUACUAUUCUUUCGCCAGAACUACCUACUUCACAGCAAAAGAUAUGAUCAUCAACUUGUUGAGAGGAAAGUUUUGA